AAGUGGCUGUGCGAGUAUUAGUGUUGCACAGACCGGAAGUGGUGCUGUUGUGCAGGACAGGAAGCCAGACUAAACAGGAUGUCUGGAGGACUGGAGCUAAGGCAGCAACAUGCAGUAAAGGUACCAUCUAGGUUGCCUGCUUAUAGUUGUUAAUGGCAGGAACCUCCCUCCAUGACCCUGAGAGAGCUGUUGUUCUCUUACUACAGGCUCUGAGCAAUGACCAAAAUGGCUUUUUGGCAGCUCAUAGGGUUCUGCAGUGCUUUCCUGGACCUUUUCCCUGGAUAAGUACAAUGGAGAAUUUGUGCAUGAAAGUGCCCACGGUGGAUGAAUCAACUGGAGAAAUGAUAAUAAAACCAAAGCUUGCCUUGCUUCCUCUGCAAACACAAAGGAACUUAUUUAGGCUACUGGACCUUAUGUAUUCUCGGCUGCCUGCUCCAGCCAUCCAGCUUUGGUUGCAGACCAUCAGUGUGGAAAAUGACUUCUCAGACGCCUGGUUGCUUUACAUGAGGCAACAUUUUCUGACAGGUAGCAGCAUUCAGACUCCUUUACAAAGUCCUGAGGUGGCACAAAGUCUGUAUAUUCUCUGCAAGCAGCUAAAUCAGACACCACAUGGGCAUUUUAAAUUGGGCUGGUAUAAAAAUCGUUUUGUCUCCAUGGAAGAUGAGCAGACUAUGGAUUUUGAGAGCGGACCACAGAUAGAAGACAAAGAAACCUAUCGUGUAAAUGAUGACACAAACAAAUUGUUUAUGGACUCGCAGCCACUGAGCUCUCUGCAAGAAUCUCAUACAGAAGCCCCAGAAGAGAUGGCAGUUUUACCUGCAUCUAUUGAGGCUCAUGUCCCCAAGCUCAAGCAGUUCCUUUACCUCAACAUGGAGUCUGAGUCACUGGACCAUGAAUUUCUAGCAGAGCUGAACAAACUAUUUGAUUUGUGUAGCCCGUUACAGCUGGAAACUCUCUUCUCUAAUGUGGGCAUUGUACAACUCUCCCUAAAGUGCCUAUUUCAGCUCUGUGUUCACCUUGAUACAGUAUCACCGGACAUUAGUUAUGCCCAUGCCAAGUCACUAGCCAAAAGCCUCUUCCUGGAUAGGGUGCUCUCGCUCACUUCACCAGCAUCUCGUACGCUCACUGCAGCACUUUCUAUGUUUUGCAACAAGUAUGCCUAUUCUGCCUGCAGUAGUCUUAUUGGCCCUAUAUUAAUUCAAGCAGAACCAGGCACUGUGUAUGCUGAUUUUCUUUGUCGAAUGGUUUCUGAAUGUGUUCAGCCACAUCAGCUGCAUCUGUGUUUUAGUCCGAUUCUUGAUUCAUCAUGUACUGAAGUUGCUAUCAUUAUCCUGCACUUAUUGAUUGACAAAAAGGAUAAAUUCUGUCAGUCAGAGUUUGACCCAUUAUUAAACUAUCUAUGUGAAGCUGCUGAGAAGUUUUCAAAGUCUGUGACUUUUUCCAAAUUGUUAUUGGUUCUCCUGACUAGCAAACCUAACCUGAUUCAGUUGGCUCAUCUUGGACCUUUAACUAGUGCACUUAACUCUAACCAGACAUUCAUGAAGAAGUCCCUGCAAAAUGCGCUAAGAAAAGUAGCAGAACAAAAAUAAUAUUCCUGGCUUUAAAGUAUGUAUUACACACAUGACAGAAUGGUGAAAGCUGAACAAUUUCUAAAUAUAUUAUCCGAAAAUGGACAACUGGACUCUGGUUGAUGUGGACAACAUCUAUGCCUUAAGGCGUGUUUUAGUUGUGUGAUGUACAACGUUAUCAACUAGUUAUCUUCUGUAGGAAGACUUCUCCCCCCCCCCCCCUUUUUUUUUUUUUUAAAGCAGAACAUGGCAUUGUAAGUUUAAAAAAAUAGAACUACAACCGUGGAUUUAGAGGUUGAUUUGGAUGUAUUUUGUCCUGUUUGCUUUUUGUAUGAUAUAAGUACAAAAUAAACUUUGGUUAAUUUA